AUGCAUCGAAUUCUUCGAUUGGCGACAUAUACUCCUAUUCUCAAUCCAAUUGAAACUAUUUUUAUACGUUGUCGAUUAGUUAAAUUGCAAAUUAUAAAAUUGAAGUUGCGGAUUAUAAAAUUCAAGUUGUUUUGGUAUAAAUAUUGGCGCCAAUUUAACAGGAGAAUUUCUGAUAUCCUCGGAGUUCCGAAAUCGACUGUUUUCGAUGUUGUUCGAAAAUACAUAAACUCAGGAACCAUUUAUAGAAAAAGUGGGUCUGGAAGACCAACAUUACUCAAUACAAACGAAAUCAAAAUUUUAGUGGAACUUUCUGAAGCCAAUAGUGAAAAAUCUGCUAAAGACCUCGCUCUAGAAAUGAAAACCAUCACUCAAAAAGUAAUUUCCCCGCGAACAAUUACCCGCAAUUUGAAUAAGAAUGGUUUAUUUGGAAGAGUAGCAAAGAAAAAACCAUUGUUAAGUAAAAAAAACAUACUCAAAAGAUAUGAAAUAUCGAAAAUAUUCGUUGGUAUGUGUGAUGAAGGAUGGAGAUCAGUCAUUUUUUCAGACGAGUGUACUUUUGAAGUUUAUUAUGCACGUAAAAGAAAAAUAAUAUACCGAAAAAGGGGAAAUGAAUUCAAAAAUUCAAAUUAUCACCCAACUGAUGGAAAAGUUUAUAUACGAAGAAAUGGCCUAAAACUACGAUUUUUGUGUAUUGAAGAGGCAGAACUAAAAUUACUAAUGAUUGAAGUACUGGUUGUAUCAUCUAAAAAUAGUCCGAGCAUAAUUCUAAUCAUUUUGGAAAUUGUCGACCUUGUUGAUUUGCGUCGAUAUGUUGAGGUGAAUGAUUCAAAUUCUUGUACUUAUUGA